CUUGCCUCUUUAGGCCAUGGAAUACUUUCCUCUGUCAGGGGCCACUCAAACCUUACACAUCAAAAUAGUUGCUUGCGACAACGUCAACUUACAAGCCUGCUGCAAUGUUUACCGUCCGACAAGCGAUCGGAAAAGGCCUCGGAGUUUUUGCUUCGAGACCAAUUCUCACAGGUCAAAGAAUCCUCACUGACCAGGCUCUACUCACAUUCACCUCUUCAGACAGCAACUCGAUCCUGCGACAAGCUCACCUCCUCUCAACAGCUGGCCGGAAUUCACUACUCUCACUAUCAACCAAUCCCAGCAAGUCAAGCGUCUUCAGCUGGCUAGAGUCAGUAUGGCGAAGCAAGUCUGCUCCACAAGACAUAGUGUCUAAUCACACCAUCCUCAAUAUCUUUCGGAACAAUAACUUCAGCAUUGGCAACCAGACCCAGGCGCUCUUUCCUCAAGUUGCGCGCUUGAACCACUCGUGUGUCCCCAACGCCCAAGGAAACUUCAACAAGGACUUGAACGCUUUCACCAUUCACGCUACCAGAAAAAUUGAGCCGGAAGAAGAAAUCACGAUAUCCUACCUCGACGAACAUUUGGGCCUGAGGCAAUCCCGACAGACCGCGUUGCAUGACGGGUACGGCUUCACGUGCGGGUGCUCUGCUUGCAGUUCGACGACCUCUUCAGAAGCUGGUGAGGUGCGCCGGGCGGAGAUCCAGCGCAAGCUGGAGCUUUUCGCCGAAGCUGCUUCUGAGGAUCCGGAGGACGAGUUCAAGAUGAUGCUUGCGCUAUUGGACGCUCACGAGGCGGAGGCUAUCCGCGGGCGUGAGGUCUCGACGAUGUAUAUCGCUACCGCUCGCAAAGCGUUUGACUUGGGAAAGCGAGAGGAAGGACGGGAGCUGGCGUUGAAGGGCCUGCAGCUCGAGAAGGAAGCUGUGGGUGAUGACAGCCCUUUUUAUGCUGCUACUCUGGAGACAGUGCAAGCGCUCGGAGUUGAAAUUUGAUUCUGGGUUAACGAAUAGCUAUGGUCGACUAAAGGCAGCAGACUUUCAUUUCCGAAGUUCCGCGUCUCGAGAUACCCAACAUAAUUAAUUUUUUUCGUUCCGUGCAUCUCGUCCAAUUCAAGGUAGUCUCUAAUCAUCUACAAACUAGGA